AUGGCAGAUUCCACGGACUCCGCCAAGGACGACCAUCGCCCCUCGCACCUGCCGCGUCCAGUCGCUCUCCGCCCACGCAUCGACGGCAAUCGUGCCAGACGUCCGCACCGGACUCAAGCCACCCCUCGACGUCACCGCCCUAGUCGUCAGCCUGGAAGUUCUCCCCUUGUCGAUCUCGAACCUGCUGCUCCGACAGAGAACUUCCCCUCCGAAGACACCCAAUUCCGCUCCCUAGCCUUCGGAGAGACUGCUAUUGCCCCACCGAAUGGGUCGUCGCAGUACCAACGCGAUCAGCUACGGCAGUCGCUAUUGAUGAUCUCUCAAGCUGAAGCAUCGGCGCAGGCGACCAGGAUGAGUGCUGCAGCCUUCGAGCGACCAUCCCCGUCGUCGAGGACCAGCUCCAGUCAAGGACGACAGCCAGCUACACCAGCGCCGCACACCGAACAGCCACGCCUACAUCUUCAACCCGUCGCAGCAGAAGGCUACUCACAUUUCAUCGAUUAUGCAGCUCUCCAUAGCGCGUUCGCCACGGUCGAGCGCGCCAGACCCGGCCCCGUUGAGCGCUCCGAGUCUACCCAAGUACACGAAGCCGCCCGCCCCGUUAGUCCUGCGCCGCGAACGGAACAGCCACAUCAACACCUCGCGUCCGUCGCAACAGAAGGCUACUCACGAUUCGUCGACUACGCAGCUCUUAAUAGCAUGUUCGCGACUGUUGAGCCCACCGGGGACCCCCCAACCGAGCCAUCAGAACAGCCACUUCCCAUCAUUCCCGAGCCGCCCACGGAACAGCCACGUCAACCUCUCGCACCCAUCGCAGCAACAGGCUACUCGCGCUGGAUCGACUACCCAGCCCUCCACCGCCUGUUGUCACGAAGCGAGCACAUCCCUGACCGCACCACAAACACACCCUCUUCGCCGCCCCAACCCCUUCGAACCCCUCCACCUCACACAACACAAAACUCCCCACCAAUAACACCCCCCGACAUCUACACCGCCCUCGCCGCCUCAUCGCAAGCCCUCCGCGUCGCAGCAGCCCGACUCCGUCGCCACCCCGCCGCACCGCGCGGUCUCUCCCAACGCGCCAUCGCCGACUUACCCCACCGUACUCUCGUAGACGCCGACAAAAAAGAAGACGGCUCGUUCUGCUGCCGCAUCUGUCUGGGAGAUUUGCAGCUGGGGGAUGUGGUGACGGAGUUGCCGGGGUGUGGGCAUUGGUUUGAGGAGGCGUGUGUGGGGAGGUGGUUGGGGGAGAGGGGGGUGUGUCCGAUGUGUCGGGUGGUAGUGCAGUAG